UCACGUCUGUUUGGUUGAACAGCCACCAAGUUGACUUGGAUGUCAGCGCCUGUUGUCAUCAGAACCUGGUUCUUGUGCUGCCACAUCAUUUUUGGUGGUGGCGCUGUCGUCACCUCCCAACGCUUGCGCUCCCCUAGUUCCCAUUCAAGAUGGUGCUGCCACGGACUUUGGCUCGUGGGGGUGCCGUCGCUACUGACAAAGCCUGUGCUCCCCGUCGUCCCUGUUGAAAUUGUGGCUGGGACUUGGAGAGGGUUCGCUGCCACAGCCGGAUCCAGUGUUACAUUCCUGUGGCUUUUUGGUUGUUUCCCAAUUAUUGAAGGGAGUUGCAGGCUUAUCAUGGGCGACACAGUGCUUUGCUCGCACCUUCACGGAGUACAGCAAUGUGGGGAAGCAAGUCGAGGACAGCCUCUCUCGAUUUCUGUCCCGGGGGCGCUAUGCUCUUCCAGGACCAAGCAAGAAACACAGUGCAGAGAGGCAAGGAGGUAAAAUAAAGGGAGUAAAGCAAAAGGAACAGGGUAUGUGUUCCUAGUAGUCAUGCCGGCCACCUUGAGUGGCAGUGUUUGGGCAUAAGAACCAAGAAGGAAAUUCAUGAAGCCUGUAAUUCUAACACAUAUAUACUUUUGGACGUUCGAUAGGACCGGUUUCCGUGAACAUAACAGCCGAGAAAACAUGUGAGCAAGGUUCUUCUGUGCAUAUUUUUGAAUGUGCUGCAAGAAUAUUUCUGGCUAUAUGCCCACUUAAUU